AUGACUGAUUGUAUAGAUGCAUCUUUGAUCACCGCUCUAGUAGAGCGUUGGCGUCCUGAGACAUCGACCUUUCACAUGCCGGUCGGUGAGGUUACGAUCACUCUUGAGGACGUUGCCACACUGAGCGGUUUACCGAUCGACGGUGAGGCCGUCAUAGUAGACGUACCAGAUCGUGAGUGGUCGGAGACGUGUACCAGACUGUUAGGACAUGCUCCUAACGAUCUUAGCGGGGGUGUCGUUAAGCUUAGUUGGCUUAGGGAGCAUUUCAACAAUCUGCCGCCAAAUGCAUCAGCAGAGAUUACAGGGCAGUUUGCACGAGCGUAUGCCCUAUCUUUGAUUGGGUUUAUGUUGUUCCCCGAUCGGACUGGAGCUACAGUUCACCUGCAGUAUCUACUCCUAUUGGAGAAUUGGCGGACCGCAGGAGGCUACGCUUGGGGAGCAGCUGUUCUAGCCUACCUGUACCGUGAGAUGGGUAGGUCGGUUCUGCAUCUGACGCAGUCCUCUUCCACCGAAGUUGACCUUGGUGGUUGGGUCGCCUUGCUGCAGCUCUGGGCGUGGGAGCGAUUCCCAUUGAUAGCACCCCGACAUACAGUGACGGAUGAGCCUAUUACAGCGGACGCAUCUCCAUGUGGUGCUCGAUGGCUUCCGGCCAUGACCCGUCAGCAUGGUGACCAGCUCUUCAGUUAUAAGUUGUUUUUUGACGAGCUGGAGACGAUCGUGUGGCUGCCUUACUGGGAGAGAGACAUGCAGUUUAGGGGUUCCGUUCCCCAGUCAGAUACCUUCCGAGCUGUGGUUCCACUGAUUUGCUUUUCAAUAGUGAUGUGGCACCGUCCAGAUCGG